CUGCAAGGUAGUAACGAAGGUAGCGCGGCGCCGGGGCCCGUGCCCGAGGGGCUGCUGCGGCUGUACGGCAUGAGGUUCUGCCCCUUCGCGCAGAGGACGCGCCUGGUUCUCCGCGCCAAGGGCAUCAGCCAUGAAGUAGUCAACAUCAAUCUGAAGAACAAACCUGACUGGUUCUUUGAGAAGAACCCCUCUGGGCUGGUCCCUGUUCUGGAGACCAGCAAGGGCCAACUGAUCUGGGAGUCCCCAAUCACUUGUGAAUAUUUGGAUGAGGCAUUUCCAGAGAAGAAGCUGAUGCCUUCAGACCCAUAUGAGCGAGCCCGUCAGAAGAUGAUCUUGGAAGACUUCUCAAAGAUAACACCCUUACUUUUCAAGCAUGUUUUGGCAGUCAAAGAUGGACAAGACACCACAGCACUGAAAGCAGAGAUUGCUGAAAAGUUUGGCAAAUUUGAAGAGAUUCUGUCCAAACGCAACACUGUGUUUUUUGGUGGGAACUCCAUCUCUAUGCUUGACUACAUGAUCUGGCCGUGGUUUGAACGCCUGGAAGCAUUCCAGCUGAAAGACACUUUGAAUCACGCACCAAAGCUCCAACGCUGGAUGGAGGCCAUGAAGGAGGACCCUGCUGUCAAGGCUACAAUGACUGACACACAGACAUUCAAGAACUACCUCCAGCUGUAUUUGGUGAACAGCCCUGAGGCAUGUGAUUAUGGGCUCUGAGGUGCCAGUAGGCAUGAGCUUGCUGAAGUGUCAGUGCUGUUUUUCAGUGUGGGGACUUAGUGUAAUUUGAUGUGGGCUCUUCUGUGGUUGCAUUUCAUGACUGGGAAUAAAUCUGUGCUGAAAAACUGAGAAA